AUGUCUGGUGUAACCUAUGAAGAUAUUAAAAAGGCUAAUCGACGUUUAGAGUCGCCGCCAGGGGUGGCAGCACCUGUUGGUAGAUGCCAGAACCAAUGGCAAACACCCAUAACGAUGUACGGAAGGAAUAACCUGGAUUGGGAGGUGAAACUCAAGGAAUCGUCAUUCGUUGGAGACAUGGAAGUUGACAGUUGGGACUGGUUCGAGUCUCGACAAGUAGUCGAUGUGGUUAAGGACUUACUUCAGAAAGAACUGCGAAGUAAGGGUAAAAGAUAUGAAGGUCUCGUUAUCAACUCGUACGUUCGACAAGGUAGCUCUCGAGAGGGAUUGAAAGUUUUAAAUGCUGACGAAUUUGACGCAAUGCUAGAAUUCCACUUUGAAGGGCUGGACGAGCUAAUUGAACACAAAGAUUUCAAGAACAGCGAUCUAAUGAUGUUCAUUCCGGGUCAUUGCUAUUUGGAACUUCGUGGUGUCACAAUCGAAUACCUGAAAGACAAUUUCGCAAAUUUGUACAAGAAAGGAGUUUUUAUUGAAGAAGGUGGAAACAUCUUCCUUAGCUCUAAACGUCUUCACGUGAAGAUUUUCGAAUCAAUGGUAGAUUCGGCUGUAAGUAAAAUAAAUAAAGAGAUGCUUAAACACGAUACAUUAGAAAGUAAAAAGUGCAUGUUUGGUUUGAAAAGAAAAAUGAAUCCUCCCUCAAUCAAUCUGGCUAUAACAUUAAACGCGGCUCAACAAUAUUUUGGCAUUGGACCGUUUAAGGCAGAAAAAGAGCUUGAUAUAGAUUUUGUUCCUGCAUUUUUGCUACGGUAUGACCAAACAACCUGCUAUGAAGGUAUGCUGAUGCAAUGUCCUAUACACGCCGUGUGUAAAUGGGCAGAAGUAGACAGCUUCAGAGCCCUCGCAACUGCAGACCAAUGCCGUAUUUGGGUUGUCAAAUCAACAGGGUACGAGAAACAGAUACUAGAUGUAGCUCGUAAAGAUGAAAGGAAACUCUAUAUUCUGACCGCGCUCAGAAUCCUGAAAACCUAUUUUGUGAAGAUGAAAAAAGAAUAUGCCGAAGACUUGGGUUGCGCACCUCCACAGAUUGUAACAAUGCUUAAGUCCUACCACCUCAAACAGUUGGCCUUCUACCUUCUCAACUAUCUCUGCCACAAAUACCCAUAUUUCAAGCUUCACGGUGUGCAACAAGCGCUGAUCUAUUUCAUAGAAGUCAUACGCGUCGAUCUGAAGCAAAAGCGUCUUCCUCACUUAUUUUUCGCAGAUAACAACGUAGUUGAAACAAUGCUUCCGGGAUACCCACUGGUGCCUUCUCCCAAGCUGAGGGAGGAGGGGUCUAAUUGGAAGAGUAGUUAA